GAGAGAAGAGAAGAGUGCGGCGGAGGGAUCCAGCUCCGGGUGCACUGCGGUUCGGGGAGGGAGAGAGUUCUUCUUCUUUGGCCAUCACUUUCUCUUUAUUUAUUUAUUUGCCCUAACGGGGGCAAUUAAUUCCUCCCGUUCCCCGGUGCCGCCAGCUUUGUCUCUUUCCGUUCUUUCUGGCUUUAUACUUUACCUUCUUGACUCCCCCCCCUAACCCCUUCACCUUUUACUGGGGGGUGUCCCCCACCACCCCCCCUUCAAUGUUAUUUACCCCCAGCCUGUGGUGGGCCGGGGGGGGCGCUGUGAGGAAAGAUGUGGCGGUGACAGACUGGGCUUCCCUCCCAUGAAAGAAGAGGAGAAGAAAGAAAGAAGAAGAAGAGGAGGAGGAGGAGGAGGAGUGGGGAGCAUCCCCGGCGGUCCCCCCUCAGAAGCGAGGUAGUCCUGCAGCAGGUUUAGACUCUGAAAGAAGUUUUUUUACCCUGAAUAGAACAACGUGUGAAAGACCCGUGGGAUUUGGGAAUUCAGGUGAGAAAACUGGAGAAAGGAGAAUGGAGCUUCAGACUCUACAGGAGGCCCUAAAAGUGGAAAUUCAAGUUCACCAGAAAUUGGUUGCUCAAAUGAAGCAAGAUCCACAGAAUGCAGACUUGAAGAAACAGCUCCAUGAACUCCAAGCCAAAAUCACAUCACUGAGUGAAAAGCAGAAACUUGUAGUGGAGCAGCUUAGGAAGAAUCUCAUAGUGAAGCAGGAACUCCCGGACAACAAACUUCUUAUCCAGCCUCUGCUUCAGCUAGAAAGCAAACCGCCAACACCACAAGUGCAGCAGCAGCCACAUCAGAUACACCUACAGCAACUCCAACCACAGCCAGUGUCACAGGCAUCUACAUCACCUCUUCCAGGCCUGAGUGGCACACAGACUGUGGCCACAGCCUCUAUGAUCACGGCAAAGACUCUACCUCUUGUGUUGAAAGCCGCAGCAGCAUCCAUGCCCACUUCUCUUAUGGGGCAGAGACCAACCAUUGCCAUGUUGACUGCCAUCAACAGCCAGAAAGCAGUCAUAGGCUCCGAUGCACAAAGCGGUGCAGUAAACUUGCAGACAUCUAAUAAGGUCACCAGUCAGGGAACAGAGACCUUUCAGAUAGUGGCGAAAAAUGCUGUUACUCUGCAGGUCCAAGCAACGACGUCUCAGCAUAUAAAAGUUCCCCAGUUCAUCCCACCCCCACGGCUUACUCCUCGUCCAACCUUUCUUCCACAAGUGCGGCCAAAGCCAGCUGCACAAAACAACAUACCAAUUGCCCCUGCCCCACCCCCAAUGCUGGCAGCUCCACAGCUCAUCCAGCGGCCGGUUAUGCUUACCACAAAGUUGACGCCAACAUCUCAGAAUUCUAUCCAUCCUGUGCGCAUUGUGAAUGGACAACCCACGGCCAUUUCCAAAGCCUUUCCUACAGCACAGCUCACCAGUAUCGUGAUAGCUGCACCAGGCACGAGACUGGCAGCUCCACAAACUCUGCAGCUUCCAAAACCAAACCUGGAGAAGCAGACCGUUAAAACUCAGGUGGAAACAGAGAAGCCAACUGAAAGCAGUACGACCCCGCAACCUGCCCCCAAGCCAAAACGAGAAGAGAACCCACAGAAACUUGCCUUCAUGGUGUCGCUAGGGUUGGUAACGCAUGACCAUUUAGAAGAAAUUCAAAGUAAAAGGCAAGAAAGAAAAAGAAGAACAACGGCAAAUCCUGUGUACAGCGGGGCAGUAUUUGAACCAGAGCGUAAGAAGAGUGCAGUGACUUACCUGAACAGCACAAUGCAUCCAGGAACGAGGAAGCGAGGUCGUCCUCCCAAAUACAACACGGUCUCGGGUUUGAGCACCCUGCCACCCACCUCCCCUUCAUCCAGUCAUCCUGAUUCCCCUCAAACCGAAAAGACACAGAUCACAUGUAGUUUCCCUGCAAGUGUCCUGCCUGUGCCCCUGCCUAAUGCUUGUUCCACAGACGCUGAUAUCCAUGAGGAUUUUUGCAGCGUCUGCAGAAAGAGCGGACAGUUACUGAUGUGCGACACAUGUUCACGUGUAUACCACCUGGACUGUUUGGAGCCUCCUCUGAAAGCCAUUCCCAAGGGCAUGUGGAUAUGUCCCAAAUGCCAAGACCAGAUGCUGAAAAAAGAAGAAGCGAUCCCGUGGCCAGGAACGUUGGCCAUUGUUCACUCAUAUAUAGCGUAUAAAGCAGCAAAAGAAGAAGAGAAACAGAAAUUACUCAAGUGGAGCACAGACCUGAAACAGGAGCGAGAGCAACUAGAGCAGAAAAUAAAACAUCUCAGCAACUCCAUAACGAAAUGCAUGGAAAUGAAGAACAGCAUCUUGUCCCGGCAAAAAGACAUGCACAGCUCUCUGGACAAAGUGAAACGUCUUAUCCGGCUCAUUCAGGAUAUAGACCUCACCAAACCUACUAACUCAGAGGUGACCUCUAACCACAGCCAGGACUGCACCGCUACUGCCAACAGCCCCCCUCCCGACCCCAAUCCAGUCACAGCCUCCUUUCCAUCACCCAACUGUGCCCAGAACUGCAACCAGGCUGAAGAGACUAAGUGACCCAUUUAUUGUGAGCAAGAGUACUCUGAAAAGAUAAGCGGCGUCUGAACAGUUCCUGGGAGAGACUGAACCAUAACCACGGUGACGUCCCAGGACAGACGUAAGCACUGGAGUUUUGCCAAUCAACCUUUUAUUCUGUGUGUUCCACGUGUGAGCUGGCGCGUCCUGCCAGCACCAUGCCAAGUGACAAAUAGAAACAAAUCUUUAACUUUACUCUCUAUCUUACACCAGUGUGUGCCUGCAGCAGCCUCCGCAGCAACUAUAGAUAUCAAUCUUUAUUUUUUUUCUUUCUUUGCUAUUUUCUUAAAGGUGGGUGUGUGGACACGGCGGGCUUCUGGGAACUCCUCCUUCUGUAUACUUUUUAUGUUAGUGGGAAGGGGGCAUACAUACCAGUCCAAAGACUAGGAAAGUUCCCCUGUCUACCAGACUCAGUGUGAUGUACCAAAAAAAAAUGGAAAAAAAAUUACAAAUUAUAUUCUCAUAAGAAUGCCUGGCAGCAGAAAGUGGAGGGGGAGGGGAAGGAUGUUUUAGUCAGUAUUGUUAUUCCUCUAUGAUCGUUCCUGGCGGAGGAGGCAAUCACCUCGCCAAAAACAACCUGUCUAUAAAUGCUGCGUUCCGUAGUAGAGUAUGGAAUGGAUGCCCAUCUCUCUGCAUCAUGGUGUAGAAGUAGCUGUUUGUUUCUUUGUUUUUUUGUUUUUUAAUAUGUGCCAGCAUCUCUGUAUGAAAUGGACAUUUGGUAACUUAACACCAAGAUAUUUAUUCAUUGCAUUCAUUCAUAAAAAAAAAAAAAAAAAGAAUUAAAAAAUAUAAUAAUGCAGAAGUAUUAGCAAAGCAGAUUAGGCUUUGUGGGUUUUGGACACACCUCCCCGAAACACAAGUUGUGUGUUGUCUCCUGCAGGAUCCAUUUAUGACACAACAGAUGUUGCAAUGGUUGUGGUGGGGCUGUGCAGCUGGCGUGUUCCGUAGUUAUAGCGGGCAGCCAAUUAGGCGCAGGAAGGAUACUCGCAGGCUGUGGAUAUCUGAGGGUAGUUUUUUUUUUUUUUUCUUUGUUUUUUUGUGUGAAAUAAGGAGGCCGAGGUACAAAAUAUUACAAACAUGUCUUCCUAGUGUCAGUGGAAUGGUGAAAUGAGACAUCCGUGUGCAUCUUUGUUGGAGUACAUACACGUCCGCUCGUUUCUCAUUGGGCAGUACUUAGGUUUUUUAAUAGGAAUUUUUAAAGGCCAUGUAAUGGUAACCUUAAAAGCGGCCCACGUGCUGCGGUGGUUCAUUGCAGUCCAUUCAGAUGGAUAUGGCCUCCCUGUAUUUAUGUGCAGCACAUCCCAGAAUCAAGCAUAUGGCUUGCAGCAGACCUCAUGUGUGUGCAGCAGACCUCAUUCAAAGGGAGCCUAUCCUGGCGACAAGCUCCCUUUUAUAGGACUCUGUACAAUUUCUUGCCAGUGACGAGUUAGAAGGUUCAGUUGUCCACUCUUUAUUGCCACCCUCGAAAUUUCAGUCAGGAAGAGAAGAUGCAAUUGCUUCCUGUUUUUGUAGGCACCAAAGCAGUGGGUGACCUCUCAGCUGAGCUGACAGGUGGAUAAUAGCACUGGGCAUAUACAGCAAGCAGUUUUCUUGCCCAUGGACCUGUAUACCUGGAAUGAAAGCAAAUGGUCCCAUCCUAGGGGCAAGUUCGAGAGAGGGAGCCAUGUGCAGGUAUUUUUAUCUAUAUAUAUCUCUAUAUAUGAUCAAAUAAUGGAAUACAUUAAAGACUGCAGAGAUGUAGGGCUGUUCCACACAAGGUGGUAUAUACCGUACAACUGCUAUUGGGCCCAUGGUGAGAGAGUGAAGUCGCCAGUAAACGGCUUUCUUUGCUUCCCCUCACAAAGUCAUAGCAUUAAGGGGCGGGAUGGGCUCACUGCAUCAAGAACUUUUCAAUAAUGGCUAGCGGAUAUCCCAGUGAGCUCCCCCUAGUGGUGACUGGAGGCAUUUUUUUUCUAUUCUGCCUCAAAAUUAUAAUAUUGAACAUCCCAAUGGUUGUCAUCCAGGGUACAAAAGUUUAAUUAAAAAACAAAAUAACUAAACAUUGCAAAAAUUCAGUGAUUUACAUUGUCUUUUUAAAGAAGCACUCUGGGAUUUUUUUUAAUGAAAAAGGUUUAACCCCUAAGUGACCACCAAUGUUUUUUUUUGUUUUUUUUUAUUGGCGUCACUAAGGGACCUUAGGCUCUGCCGUUGUUUGACCCAUUACAUGUUGCGGGCAAUGACACUCAUAUUAAAAUGCAAUGCACUAUAGGGAUAGUGCAUUGUAUUUUAAAAGCAGUCAAAAUAUUGCUUGUUAUGGUUAUAUGCUUUUUUU